AUGAACGCACAACAGUGGAUUGCAAAGCUCGAGAAUACCCUACAAUAUUCUGAAAACCUGUUUCUUUAUAUUAACAACAAGAAGCUGAUCGAAACAGAUUUUGCAGGAGAUCAUGAUCGUCUUGCAUUCGUUGCUCAAGAAUUACUCGACACCAACAAAACACCACAAAUCAGACAUCAAAGAUUGGGCGUAUUGUUGAGCAUUUCUCAUGGUAUUCAUAAAGACUUGCUGAUUAAUUUGUUGUUGUCUCCACACUCUACAACCCUUUCUCGAUUGAUCGCAUCACACAUUCAUUUAAUUUUGAAUGAAAAUGAAUUAUUGAAUUUAUUUGAUGAAAAGUUUAUGCAAAUGAGUGAAUUCACCAGAUUGAAUUUAGAAAGAUGUAUUCGAAAGAAUUGUAAAGGAUGGAUUGUGAAUGUCAUCAAGAAAUUGAUGGAUCGAGUGCAACCAACGGAAUGUGUUCACAUGUUAGCUCAUUUACCAUCCUCAACUCCAGAUGACAUUAUUUUAGAUUUAUUGAAACAAUUGCAACCCAUGAGUAUCCGAACCUCUGUAUUGGUUAAGAAACAUCCAACUGUGAUCGCCAAAUUACUGAGAAGCUAUUUAGAUGAUGUCAUUAAUUCCUCUCCUAAAAACGUAAGAACAAAACGUGCAAAAAGUCUUCUUUCUUCUCAUUCAAUCUUGUUCACUCAACUGAUCACAUACCAAGCAGAAGAAGCUUGGAGAAUUGUGAAUGAGUAUUUGAUUGAGCCCAGUUUACAAGAACAAUGCCCACCUUUGGAUGGUGUUCAGUAUUUGGAAGACUCAAAAUUUUACAAACUUCCACAAUAUACAGAAACUCUUCUCAAAUGCAUUCCAUUGCUUGUGGACGUACCAUUAUUACAAAACAAGUGGAAAAUGAUGACUGUCAAUCAAAUUGCAACUAUUGGCUUGUGUGUGAUUGAAAAGUUCAAUAAUGUGCCUUCUCAACGUGCCCAAUCAUUCAUCGACUCUUUCUUUGUUGCAGAUUCCAAUAAGAAAAUACAACAACGAAAAUUGGUAUUCGAAAAGAUGUUCUCAAAAGGUUUAUCCAAAGAAAAGUUUGCAACUUGGAUUUAUUCGAAUUGUGAAAACGAAACGACACCUCCAGAAUAUCUCUCUUAUUAUCCAUUUGAAGUCUCUAGUCAAGUUGUGAAAAAAUUAUAUGAAAUUAGGAAGAAACAAACUUUUCAAAAUGUGAGCGAAGAAUCUAUUUAUUGGAAAUAUUUUUAUGAUUUAAAUAAUGAGGACAUGUAUAAGCAAUUCAAAUCAAGCACUUCUCAUCCACAACCUGGUGUAAGAUCCAAAGUUAUUCAAGAUUUACUUUUUUGUGCCUUGUACACAGGAGCAAAAGUUAAAGAGACACUCGAAUGGUUGGAGACGAGACUCAAGAACGAUGAAGAUACCUGUCAGAACCUAUUCGUUGCCAUGAACUAUUCUAAACACCUUAAUGAAUUGAUGGUCAAUGCAUGUAGAGAAAAGGAAUGUAUGCGCAUCUUCAUUUCAAUUUUUGAAAGUGGAAUUACAAGAAAAGCAAAUCUGCAGUAUUAUGUGAGUCAAUUUUACUCAACAGUCGUCAGCCAACUUGCAGAUCGUUGUGAAGUGCUGAAACUUGUUGUAGAGAGUUGCUUGAACCCCAUAUUUAGAGAGUCAAACAUACACUUUUAUACUCCUUUAAAACCAGAAAUUCACAAAGAUUUGUGGAAUGUCAUGAUGCCUUCGAUCAAAAACCAAGUCACAUCAUUGGGCAGUAUCGACAUAUUCAGCCAAUUUAUGACCAACGUGAUUUCGUUAAAGAAACAAGAGCACGUCAAGAAGGCAUUUUCUAUAUUUUUCAACGAAUGGUUCCAUGACUGUAUCAAAAAAGUUUCAUAUUUUCACAAUAUGGAGAAUUUGAUCGAUAUUUAUAUUUUCAAGUUGGAUCCUAGUCCUUCAACAAUUACCUCCAAAGUUAAACACUUGCUGAGCAUUGACAGUCGAUUACUAAGCAUCCAUGCCAUUCAGAGGGCUCUGUUAGGUCGAAAUACUCACUUUGAAAAUAAUUUCCUCUUCCAAUAUCUUCGUGAACAUGUCAUGACCUCUGAAGAAUUUGAAAAGUUAACUCCAGUUUCCUCACAGUCAGUCAUGGCCAUUGAUACACAAACUUGCAUUACCUUCCAUCCCAUUGUACUCCAUGGAUUGAGACUUUAUGAAUACUCGACACGAGAGGUAACACAACGACUGUUGAGCACUUUUAAGGAUUUACUACAAAAGGUCGUAAAAACUUUAGAAAUUGAUCGCAUUUGCUCUCAACUCUACCUAACUCGUACUUCUCUCGUGAAGAAAUCAAUCAAGAUGUUACGCAUGUUAUGUGUUGAACAAGAUGAAAUGAAUGAUUUUGCUCAAUUUUUACAAGAACACAUCUUGAAGAGAGAUGUUAAACAGGAGGAUGAUCACGAUGCAUCCGACGACGUACACGUAGAACCUCCACUCUCCAAUCUUGAAGACAAUGCUUCUCGUUGUUUGGCUGAAUUAGUACAAGUCUUUUCACAAGAUCCAACUCAAUACUUGGAUUGGAUUCUAGAAAACAUUUGCUCAGAAAAUGUACUCUAUUAUUAUUCUGCUCUCUGUAGAAUAUCUACUUUCAUGAAUGCACAACUAUUUAUUGAAAAGUUAUGUACUAUUUUGAAAGAGAAAUUUGACUCUCUCACAAUGCAAUCCUUACAAGCUCUACCAAAGAACUUUUCAAUUUCAGUACAAAAAUUAUUACUUUCCUUCUUGAAGAAUCAUGUGGAAUAUCCAGUGAAUCAUAUCAUCACGGAACGAAUCUCAAAUUUACUCAUUGAUUUAUGGAAGAAACAUCUUCACAAAGACGUACAAGUAUCCAUCGUACAAAUAGCACUAAAAGCAGCAAAACAUUGCUCCACACCAGAUUUAUUCUACAAAUUCAAGAACACGAUAUUCCAAGAGGCCAUCUCUCAUCCAUACUCUGAACUAGUUGCUCAACAAGUGACCUAUUCCAAAUCCAAAAAUUUACAAGUCACACGUGAUCUCUUUAUUUUCAAUUUAAAUGCUCUCAACCAUUCAGAUGCAACGAUUCAAACAAAUGUUUGGCUUCUCAUUUCGCAUGCAGUUUCCGUAUUUGAUGUCUCUGCCAUUACACCUCAUUUCCAUCCAUUUAAUGUUUUUCAAAAUUAUAUCAUUUCAGCUGCAUUAACAUUUAAUUUAGCACAAAAACACGACAUUUCCAAUGCUGCCAUUAAUGUUUUGUUAAAUGAAUUGUGUAACAAUCCAAGUGAAAUUUGUCCAUUACUAUUCAACAAGAUUAUUACUCCUCUCUUGAGCGAGGACAAAUUCAAAGAACUGGAUAAUGAUACCUACAAUGCUACUACUUCAGUAUGGGAUCGACCUGUCUCUCAACGUGUUCAAAAUUUGGCAACAUCCAUUGCACAUGUGUUAACAAGAAAAUUUGAGGAAAUUCAUUCCAAUGAAAUUUUACAAGAAAUUCAAAACAAAUUGUUAUUGCCAUGGAUUGAGCUGACCAAGAAGAGUGAUGAUGACGUAUUGGUCAUGAAUCGACUCCCAUAUAUUCCUUUAAUUUCAAGUGUUACCAAUUGGAAGAGCAAGGAAUCCAUUAUUGAACAUUGUGUGAAACGAAUCGCUGAUUAUUUUAAGGACAUUCAAGAGCCUCUUCGCUCUGUAUAUCUUGUUCAAGUGGCAUCAAAUGUAUCUUCAUUCAUUUUCCAUGGAGAUGAUCAUUCGAAUACGAUCAUUGAGGCCAUUUCACAAGUAAUUGAAAAUUCAAACAGAGAAUUCAGUGAUCAAGAAAUGUUAAUUGCAUGUGGAAUAUUGGUAUCAUUGAAGAAUCCCAAUGAUCGAACGAGAGGCUUGUUGAGAACAGUGAGAGAAAAGCAGAAUGCCCUUAUUAACAUUUUAGCAAUGAAAUAA